GUGCCCACGGGCAGCGCCCGGACGCUGCUGGUCUGGGGGCUGGAGCCGGAGCCGGGCCUGGAGCACUCCCUGUUCUCAGUGUUUUCCCAGUUUGGGCCACUCUACUCGGUGCGGGCGCACAGGAACGCUGCCGUGGCAGGGCCGGGGUGUUACGCCAGCAUCAAGUUCUACUCAGCUGGAGCUGCAGGCAGAGCCCAGCGCGCGUGCAACGGGCAAAGGCUGUUUCAGAACUCCCCCGUGAAGGUUUGUGUUUGCACCAAGCAGCAGGAGUUUCAGCAACAAGUCCUUGCUCUCAGCAGCACGAAGUGCCAGGAGCUGGCCAACUACUACCUUGGUUUUAACGGCUGGUCCAGUCGCAUUAUCACACUGCAGGACGUCCCUGGCUGGGAUGCUGAGAAGGAGGAACGGGGCGAGAGCUCUCGGAGGCGGGCUGUGCAGUCCCUGUGUGCUGUGGAGCUGGCGCUGCCCAACCACGGCGUCCGCAGCAGGGGCGUCGCCCUGGGCCGGGCAGAGGUGGAGGACGGCGAAG